CCACACACACUCCGCCCUAACUGCUCCCCCCGUUCCCUCCCGCCUCCCUGCCCGCCCCACUUCUCAUUCACUUGGCUCGCACGGUGCAGACAGCGCAGGGAGCACACACCGCCAGUCUGUGCGCAGAGCCGGGAGCCAGAGGCCGCGAGGACACCCGGCCAUGCACGCCCCCAACUGAAGCAACACCUCAAAGCCGCAGCUCGCAGCAGCUCUGUGCAUUUCAGGGAACUCAGGCUCAGAGAAACCUCUGCGGAGAGACCCUCGAAGCCUGCUUCAGGACAGUCUUCAGCCCGACGCUCCGCUAAGUGCAGACAGGAGCGCACAGUGGCCCCGGAUCGCCGCGCCAUGGAGCGGAUCCCCAGCGCGCAACCACCCCCUGCCUGUCUGCCCAAAGCACCAGGACUGGAGCACGGAGACCUACCAGGAAUGGAUUUUGCCCAUAUCUACCAAGUGUACAAGUCGAGGCGGGGAGUAAAGCGGAGCGAGGACAGCAAGGAGACCUACAAACUGCCGCACCGGCUCAUCGAGAAAAAGAGACGUGACCGGAUUAACGAGUGCAUCGCCCAGCUGAAGGAUCUCCUACCCGAACAUCUCAAACUUACAACUUUGGGUCACUUGGAAAAAGCAGUAGUUCUGGAACUUACCUUGAAGCAUGUGAAAGCACUAACAAACCUGAUUGAUCAGCAGCAGCAGAAAAUUAUUGCUCUGCAGAGUGGUUUACAAGCAGGUGAGCUGGGGAGAAACGUGGAAGCAGGUCAAGAGAUGUUCUGCUCAGGUUUCCAGACGUGUGCCCGGGAAGUGCUUCAGUACCUAGCCAAGCAUGAGAACACUCGGGACCUGAAGUCUUCGCAGCUUGUCACUCACCUCCACCGUGUGGCCUCUGAGCUGCUGCAGGGUGGCACUUCCCGGAAACCAUCAGACCCAGCUCCCAAAGGGAUGGACUUCAAGGAGAAAGCCAGCUCUCUGGCUAAAGGCUUGGAAGGCCCUGGCAAAAACUGUGUACCAGUCAUCCAGCGGACAUUUGCUCCCUCAAGUGGGGAGCAGAGCGGCAGCGAUACAGACACAGACAGUGGCUACGGGGGAGAAUCUGAGAAGGGCGAUUUGCGCAAUGAGCAGCCGUACUUCAAAAGUGACCAUGGACGCAGGUUCACCGUGGGAGACCGGGUCGGCACCAUUAAGCAAGAAUCCGAAGAACCCCCUACGAAGAAGAGCCGAAUGCAGGUGUCAGAUGACGAAGGCCACUUCACUAGCAGUGACCUGAUCAGCAACCCGUUCCUGGGCCCACACCCGCACCAGCCUCCCUUUUGCCUGCCUUUCUAUCUGAUCCCACCAUCAGCAACUGCCUACCUGCCCAUGCUGGAGAAGUGCUGGUACCCAACCUCAGUGCCGGUGUUGUACCCGGGCCUCAACGCCUCCACCGCCGCGCUCACCAGCUUCAUGAACCCAGACAAGAUCUCCACUCCCUUGCUUAUGCCACAGAGACUCCCUUCUCCCUUGUCCGCCCAUCCGUCCCUCGACUCUUCCGCCUUGCUCCAGGCCCUGAAGCAGAUCCCGCCUUUAAACUUAGAAACCAAAGACUAAACUCUUUAGGGGGAUCCUGCUGCUUCGCUUACCUUCUUUCCUACUUCCAAAAACACAAACCAACGUUUUUGUGAGUGCAGCGAGAUUGUUCCGUUGUGCGUACAGAGAUAAUCUAAGGAGUGGGGAUGCGCGCGCAUGCGUGCAAGUAGGCGCACGAGCCUGCGUUUAUGUAGGUGUAGGACAUCGCAAGCUUAUUUUGGCAUAGGGAAGAUGCCAUAGCGGGGAUGAUAGUAGCCGGCUGGGGCUUUUCCCUUCCUGGAGAAUAGCCCCCUUUGACAUAGAUCAGCUGGAUUUUCAAAGUUUUGGUCUUGUGAGUCACUGUGCAGUUUGGGAGUUUGGGAGUCGGGUCUGUGGCUUUGAGAAAAAGGUACUUUCAAAAGAGGGUUUUCCAGAGCGCAGCUCCGAGCCAGCUGUUAGGACCCCACCCUUCUCCCUUUAUUGAGGAGGUGACUCACCAGACUGUGAGGAGAGAGCAGUCAGACCUAGCUUUCUGCUAAACUGGUGAGGUAGCAGACACUGGCACAACACGGUAGGGUAGUGGUUUGGGGAGAUUUCCGCAGGUCUGCUCCCCACCCCUGCCUCCGAUGAAUAAAGAGAAUGUAGUUCCCUA